AGGGGGCGGGUGGGUGAAGAAGACGAACGGACAGGGUGGAAAAGUAGGAAUUACGAGGACGAAGAGUGUGGAAGAUAGAGGAGAUACGGGUAAAGGGUCUUCUUGUGUCUUCGUUUCGUUUCUUCGGGAAAUACUCUUACGAAGAGAAGGACGGAGGAACAAGCGACAGCCACGAGCGAGACGACGAGGAGGAAGCGGGACAUGCUGGAACCACGCUGGAGGCCCGUCCAGGGACACAUCGGUGAGAAUCCGUUCGACAACGGUUCGUGGGGAAAGGAGCAGUUUCAGCCAUCCACGGUUCCUUGGCAGCUGAAUCCGCGCGGCCACGCUCGUCCCAGUGACGAUGGCAUAAUGGAUCAUGACACAGACGGAGACGGCGCGAUCAACUUGUCAACGUCACAGCGACCCUCCGCCGCCACUACCCCGAAUGGUGACACCCCCUCGUACGGCCAAGAUCAACAAGACAACGACCAGGCUACUUCGCUGUUUGCAGCCCUGAAGCAGCAGCAACAACAAGCUCGCGACAGUGUUCCCUCGUCGAGGGAUCGCGAUAAUCGAGAACGAGAUCGAGAUCGACUGUCGGUUCGUAACCGUGAGAACACCAGGAGUAACGAGUUAAGUGGCGGCGUAACAGAACAACAGCAACAACAACAGCAGCAGCAGCAGCAACAAGACCUCACGAUCGAGUACCAGAGCAAUGGAAAGCUCAGUCCCGCUGGGCACGCAGUGACAACAGCACCCAUGACCCAGCAAAAGCAACCUAUCAUCACGCAACAAUCGCAACAGCCCAGUUCCGGGGCGCCAGGUCCCCAACCGAGCCCCCAUCAAAGUCCACAAGCCCCACAGAGGGCUUCUCCGCCGAAUCCUUCGCAGGGUCCUCCGCCCGGAGGGCCGCCAGGGGCACCACCCUCUCAGAAUCCCUCGCAGAUGAUGCUCAGCCCGGCUAGCGGCAUUCAUCAGAUGCAACAAUUGUUGCAACAGCACAUACUCAGCCCCACCCAGCUGCAGUCGUUCAUGCAGCAACACACGCUUUACUUGCAGCAACAACAGCAACAGCAUCAUCAGGAUACCACGUCGGAGCAUGCGUCGAAUCAGGAACGAUUCGGCUACUUUUCCUCCCUGAAGGACCACCAACAUCAGUUCGCGGAACUGGGCAGGAAGAAGCUGGAGCGAAUGAUACAGCAACUGCAGGAACAGUUACAGCUGAACGUGAUCCAGCAGACGCAUUUGUUGCAAACGGCCGACAAGAAGAAAGCUUCCGCUCCUCUUCAGCAACUGGCGCUUCAGCAGCAACAAUUGAUCCAGCAACUUCAGAUCACGCAGAGCCAGUACCUUCUUCAGCAGGGGCUGGGUCUUCAGGGGCACAAUCCUUCUUCGGGUCUGCAACCGGGUGAAGGUCUACCAAUGUGGAAAUCGGAGACACCGGAUGGUCCUGAAUCCCACCAGAACUCGAACGUUCCAAAAUCUGGGGCUGGACUCAACGGACUUCUGAAUUCGACAGUGUCGAGUCGGCGGUCGGAGAUGAACGGAACUACUCCGCUGGACGAGAAACCGUUGGACGUUUCCUCUAACGACAAGGCACAUCCCCUCUACGGUCAUGGGGUCUGCAAGUGGCCAGGCUGUGAAGUUAUUUGUGAAGACUAUCAAGCAUUCCUUAAACAUUUAAACACGGAACACACGCUGGAUGACCGAUCGACGGCGCAGGCCAGAGUUCAGAUGCAAGUUGUGUCGCAGUUGGAGAUUCAGUUGCAGAAGGAACGGGACCGAUUGACCGCCAUGAUGCAUCAUCUGCACGUGGCGAAACAAAUGGCUUCCCCUGAACCGCCAAAGUCGUCCGAGUCAUCGACGGGCUCUAGUAUACCAAAGUUAAAUCUCUCCACCGCCCUGAUGAGCCAACCACCGCCAAACUUCGGCGUCUCCCAAGUGUCUCCCGUCUCGAUAUCCGCCCUGGUCUCGGCUGUGAGGUCGCCAGCAGGUGGACAGCUACAACCAUCCAGUGGAGCACCCAUGCCACCCAUUCCUAACAUGUCGAACAUGUCUGGAAUGCCUCCGCUUCCGACCAUGCCGGGCAGCAUGCCCACGAUGCCGACCAUGCCCAGCAUGCCGGGGCCCAUCAGGCGACGUAUCAGCGACAAAUCCGCGUUAUCACUGGCAGGAGGACUGUAUGACGAGGGCACUGUAAGGCGCAGAGUAGCCGUCGAUAGAUCUGGAAUAGAUAUUAACGAAGAAAUUCAACGAAAUAGGGAAUUUUACAAGAACGCCGACGUCAGGCCGCCGUUCACAUAUGCAUCCUUAAUUCGACAGUCCAUCAUCGAGUCACCGGAGAAGCAGCUGACGCUGAACGAGAUCUACAAUUGGUUCCAGAACACAUUCUGCUACUUCCGGCGCAACGCAGCAACGUGGAAGAACGCGAUCCGCACCAAUCUAUCAUUGCACAAGUGUUUUGUGCGCUAUGAGGACGACUUCGGGUCAUUCUGGAUGGUGGACGACGCCGAGUUCGUAAAGCGGCGGCAUCUGUCCCGCGGCCGCCCCAGGAAAUAUGACCCAACCCCAUCACCCACUCCACCCCACCUCUCCGCACAGGGUGUCCCGUCGAAGAGUCCAACCUUGACCCACAGUCCAACCAUGUACGGUGAUGCGUUAAACGCCAACCUCCAGUAUUUCCAGCCGGCGCUCGGUGACUCGAAUAUGGGAUUUCUCAGCAACUCCAUGUGCACGUCGACGACAACGAGCCCCGACAAGGAACACGUGUUAGCCCACAACGAUUUAAUGUCGCCGUUGGAUGAACCAGCCGUGCACAUAAAACAGGAGGGCCAAAGUCCGGAGGGUGGUAAACUGACGAGAUUAAUAAAACGGGAGCUACUGGACGCAUCCGCGGAACAAGAGGGCGAGGAAGAUCAAGUGGACGAGAGGGAGUAUCCCGAAAGUCACGGACACGAUUCCGGCCAGGACGAGGACAUGGCUGAAGACCUGUCGAUGGCGCCCGACAUAAUGACCCCGGAGGAUCAGAUCGAGGCGUAGUAUCGUACCUCGAGAAACGAUUAGGUUCGAGCUGUCGCGUUUUAAGUCCGGUCGUGUAAGAAGAACGUGAAGCUGCCUGUUCCUCGAGUCGACGGAGAACCAGGACCAGGAAGCGUAAAGAGGUGAAGAAAUGACGAAGAAGAUGACGAUGAAGGCCCCUAGAACCACCCAGCCCUACGAAUCCUUCGUAAGACAUCCCCUUCACCCCCUCCACUCAUCAUAUCUGAAGCCGUGAGAACGUUCGAAGCGGCUUCAAAAGGUAAAGACAAGAGGAAUAGAAGCGAACAUAAGCGCGGAACUUGAUCCGUGCUUGAUCGAUCGCGACGAAUGAAAAAAUUGAUUCUCGAUCGAGUCGUCGCGAUCCUUCGAUCCAUAUCCUUACUCAAGCAAUCGCGAACAACGAUGUAUUUUCUGUUCUUCUUCCAUUUCGUUUCGGAACCGCGGUUAUAUCUCUAUUAUACAUGUAUACAUAAGUAUAUACAUAUACAUAUAUCUCUAACACCCUCUCUCACACUCUCUUUCUCUCUUUCUCUUUCGUGUACAUUGCAUUAGCGAGUAAAUGAAGAAGGGAAAGCAAUCGCAUCCGCGUUAGUUCGUCAAGUUUCGACGAACAACUAACACCCUUUGAACAACGAGAAGGGAAAAGAGAUUUUUUCGGUCUGAUCUUCGUGGCUCGUUUCUACUUCCGUCAUCGUGGAUACACCCGCGUGUACGCGCCCCUCUUUUGCGUGAAUGCGCGUUCAGCGUGCUAUGCUAAUCGCGACCAUCGUUUCUGGACCAAUUUCGAACAAGGUAAUUAAUAGGUUGAUUGUUCUAUAAUUGCGAUUAUUCGAAGCUUUGCUUUUUCAAUUUUUUCCCCCAAUUCAAUUAUUCGAUAUUAAAUUCCUCGUGCCGAGAUUAUCGAUGACCAGAUUUUGGUCCGAGUAUAAUUGUGUAAAUUUGAUUUAUUUCGCGUACGAUCAAAGUCGAAUGAUAGAUGGAAAUCGCGAUUAGGAUAGGACGCAGGACAAUCGUCUGAGGAUAAUAGAAGGGUGAAUAGGAAUGGUUGGGGAAUUAAAUUUAAGAUAAAAUUACGAAGCUGCGGCGACGGUGGCGACGGGUACGCGAGGGAACGACUGACCCUUUUAGUCUUAAAUGUAUAUCGUUCGUGGUAAUUAGGAUAUCGUGAGGAUCAAAAUCUCUCGUGAUGUAAAAGGAAAGUGGGUGCUCCUUUCGAAAAGAGCCUCAUUCUCUAAUAUCAGACACUUAAGGUUAAGGAAGCGUUCGCGUACGAGGCACGAGCGCAAUCCCGACGUGCCCGGCCGUUGCUCUCUUGCUAAUUACUGUAUAGUUUAGGAGAAAUUAACUAAGUAAGUAGUUUCGUAACGAUCGACGAUCAUAAACGUCGACGAUCCCGUGGAGGAGGAACGUACACGCGCCGGUAUCCAGGCGAUUAUUCAAAAACUACAUGGAAAAGCACGUUCGUGCAAAAUUUCAAACGAAUUUACAGGAAAAAUAUGACAAAACGAUGAAGGAAGUAAGAAACGGGAUAAAGAAACACAAAAAGUGGAUGCCAUGAACGCACUUAUAAAUAAAUUCAAUUACCAUGUAUGCAUAUACAUAUACAUAUAUUAAUACGUAUACGUAUCGGAAAUUAUAAGAAAAUUAGAUAUCGAUCACCCAUUUCCCGUUCACCGUUUUUCCCUCCAAAUUCUAAAACAACCACCGCCCUCCAAUUUUCCGCUCCUAGUCCUGUGUAAUCAAGCUCGGUUCCGAAUUGAAAAUAAAUAAAUAAAUAAAUAAAAAAAAAAUGAUAAUACGACUGGAUAGAAUCGUCGCGUCCGAAAUAUACGAAGGGGUCGUACUCGUCGGUCUUCGAACCCCUGAAACAAGUCGAGUUUAGGUGGAAAGCGCGCUCAGGUCGGUAUGGGAGAGCUUUCCUUUGGAGAUCUCUCGCGGUCAGAGGUCACCACGAAUGUAAAAUCGUAUUCAUUUCGACGAACGUCGACGGAUUUGUGAAUCGUGGCUGUUCGUAUCGCGUUUUCGAACAGCGACCGGAACACGAUCGCGUGUGAUAUAUUUCCGUUCGAGAGCUGCAGCCACACGGAGGUUUGUUUGUAAUAUUUUUGUAAAUUGAAUUCGUUCCCGAGGACGUUAGAGACGUGUGCUCCGCUCGUGUAGAUAGCUUUUUAGGAUCGGGCCUUCUCCCCUUAAUUGCCAGGGUAAUUAUUAAUCGACCACGAGAAUACUUCCGUCGCGUCGGCGACGUGUAACGUGUGUAACACGUAUCAUCCUUAUCGCGAUCGGUCGAUGUGAAAAUAAGACACCGUCGCCAAAGAAGUUUUUCUCGCGUCUUGACGUUUUAACGAUUUUUCUAGUAAGAAAAAAUUAUUCAUCUUUGGGUGUCUAUAUUAGCUCGACUUCACUUAGUAAUAUUAGCACAACGAGAAGUAUCCGAGUCAUAUUUGCUUCAUUUUUCUUUUAUUUUACAGAACGAAAUUCACGUCGGAUUCCAGAGAUCAAAUCACGCGAUUGUCGUAAGCAUUCUAUUUUCAUUCCUGUUUAACCCUUUCGCUCUUGGAGAGACACGUUACAAAAUUAAAUUUGGACUUAAUUUUUAAUAUAGUGACACGGAUAAUCAAAUGAUUUUUAAUUAAAGUGUACCGUAGCGAAAGGGUUAACACGUUGACUGUCACAGUGAAAAUAAUCAUAGUUCGAUUUUUAAUUUACCAUCUUGCAUAAGUAAUGCGAUUUAAAUACUACCUAAAAUUUGUUUCUUGAAAUGAAAUUCAAUAGUGCUGGUCACUGACAAACCCCAUGGCAGUGAACGUGUUAACUACUUACUCUGUCCAUUCCGCGCGUGUAACGUUAGUUAGCUUAGGACGUUUAAGUUUCGGUCUCGCAUUAUUCCAAGCCGAUUUCCCUUCAAAAUCAACAACCCAGCAAAAUUUCCUCCGUUCAUUCACGGAUCCAUCAGGAUGCUCGUUCGCGAACGAAAUCAGAAAACUUUCGAGAGAGAAAGGGAUCAAGCGAGACACGCGUAAUCCGCGAGUGUGUGCAUCGUCACCUGCGUCACCGAUCGAUCAAUCUAUAUCGGCUAAUCCAGAGAAGAAAUUAUGAAAAAAUAAAGAAAAGUGUUCAGAAUGAUAUAAAAGAAACGAUCGCUAGGACCGGUGCCGUUUUGGGCUCGCUUUCACGUAAUGCUACUAUUACUAAUCUAAGUCUAUACAUGUAUUGUGUAUAAUGGAUUAAGGACUCGAUAUAACAUAGGAAAGAACUCUCCUUUGUAAAUAGUUGAACACUCGUCGAGGCAUUAGGGAUUUGCGAAAACAUUGCGGAUGAAUGGAAGUUUAUCGAUAAUGUGGUAUAUAAAAGUCUAUAUAUAUAUAUAUAUAUAUAUAUACAUAUAAAUACAAUACAACACACAGGACAGACACACAAUGCGUUACGCGUAUCCCGUCUGCAUUUAAUUUUUACUUUUCAAAUGUCGGAUAUCGCUGUGGAUCAUUCUCUCACGGCAGCUCGAAUCAAGAUUGUACUUUCUCGUUUUAUCGUAUAUAUAUAUAUAAAAUGUGUGUGUGUGUGGGUGUAUGUACGACGAUUGAUCGAAUGAUAAUGAACGGGAGCAAACGAUCGAUUUCGAGUGAACACGAUGUUCUUCAAGUCGAUUCACUUUUAGCACACAGUGAUCGUUUUAACGACGUUUUUCAUUUCACGAGCGUUGUUCUUUUUGUAUAGUAGCCGGCUGUUACCUUGCGGAUAUUCUAUAUUGUACAUGUUUAUACGUUCCCUGUUAUGUUUGUUGUAUAUUUCUAAAAAAGAAAAAAAAGAAACGUAGGUCUGUAUAAAUGUUUCGAUUUUCGUACGAGCGUAAGAAAGACGGGAUUUUUCGAGUACUCUUCUGGUUCAUCGUUUAUUCACAUUUUAUUCGGCCAGAUAAUACUUUUAUCUCUCUCCCCCCCUUCUCUCUCUCUUUUACAUUUUUUUUUUGUAUUCAUGUUCGUUUCAUUACAAAGAAUGGCGAAGCAACGCGAUCAUAUCAAGUUAGGAGGUAUCGAGUGAACAGUGCUGAAUCGAUGGAUUUUUAUUCGUUUGUUGAGUUUCAUUAUUGAAAUUUUAUAGAGUUGAUGAUGAAUUUAGUUUCUUCCGGGAUAUCGAGCUUAUUACUAAUUAAUAAAAUGAUCCUUUCGCGAUGAUGGUUUUCACAGGUGGCACGUGUUCACUCUAAAAAUGUAACGCGAUGACUGAAUAUAAACGGGUUCGAGGCAUUAUCGAUCGCGGAUCAUUGGAACACGGGGAAAAAUCUAUUUUUUAAAACGUGUCACAUUAUACGAGAACAACACGAAUUCGAAAUUAUUCCGAUCGUUUCGAUCGGAUCUCGACGGGUCGGAUUCGUCGAUGAAUUUUUCAGUAUUAUUCUGUGCCGCAUGAAAGGGAAAAGAAAAAGAAAACGAGGAAGUUCUUAAACGCGAUCCGAGCUCCUUUAUUAGAUCAAUGAAAAUGAAUUCCUAGGAACAUUUAUCGUCUCUGGAUUAUUUGAUUAAGUAUUGUAUGAUAAGUUGCCUUGUAAAAAUGUACCGAUUUUACCGAAGAAAUUAAAUGUGUUACUGAAAGAAAAACAAUCUCUCUGGAACUGUUUCCAUCGACAAACUUUUUUUUUCUUCGCCAAGAGAAAAAGAAAAGAACGAUAGCGGGCAAUAGCAAUUUAUCAAUUAUAAGUAGAAGUGUAAUUUGUAAGUAACACGAGAAAAUUAUCAUUUUUCACCUGUACUUUCUUUGUAUAAGACUGACAUCGUUUGUAUAUGCUUAAAUAUGAUGUUGUUUAGGGUAUGUCAAGGUUUAUACACGUAAAUUAAAUGUGUCUACGAUUAAUAUGUGUUUUAGGAUCACAGAAAAAAAAAGAACCUUAUAUCAUACUGUAAAUAGAACACUUAAGGAGGUCGCAUUUUCUAGCUCGAAUUAAGUAUUUAGAGUUUAAGUCUUUAUCUAAUAGAAUCGUCUUGAGAAGAGUAUACAUACUUAAUAAAAAGAAAAACAGCAAUUCGUGAAUAAGAGGAUCCAAAGCUGUCUAAACUGUUUGUUUCCGAACUCCUUGUUUGUCAUAUUUAAAAUAAAACAACUGCAAACAA